AUGGCGUAUCAUCCUAGCAGCGUCUCACGUAACAAACGAUACAAAGACCGUGUUUAUGGCACAAUCUACGGAGCAUGCAUUGGCAAUGCUAUAGGAACAUUGACUGAGGACAUGAAAAAGUGCCAUUUGAAUCAUAAAUAUCCAUCCAAAUAUUUACAAUCAUAUAUUAGAGAAGCGCUACGUACAUUUCGUGGAGGAAUGACAGGAUCAGGCUGCAGAAUACAUGAUAGCGACUUGAUGUUUGUAGUUGUGCAAUCUAUUACUGAAUGCAAUGGACAGAUUGAUGCAAAGGAUCUUAUCGACAGAUUACGUCUUCUCGACAGACAUUGUAUAGGACGCACUACACAUAAAGUGAUUAACCAUCGCUUGGCCAGCAUAGACCCACAUCUUGCUGCAAUCGAAGUUUGGAAAGACAGUGGUAAAGCAUCAGCACCAAAUGGAGCAGUUGUACGCACAUCUGUGGUUGGUAUCCACCAGUGUAACGACAUUCAGGAAGUAAUUAAGAACACCAUCAAUAUUUGCAAAAUGACACAUGCUGACCCACGAUGUGUUGCUUCUUGUAUUGCCGUGACAACAGGUAUUGCACUGAUGCUACAAGGCAACGAGUACUUCAAAAUCAAUGAAACAUGCUUUGAUCAUGCCAGAAAAUACCUUGCAUCACAAAAACAGGACAGGGAAAUGUAUAGCUACAUGAAUGUCGCAAAUUGUAGAGAUCUACACUUAGACGACGAAGGUUCUAGUUAUACUUUCAAGUGUGUUGGAGCAGGUUUUUGGGCUUUGAGACAGAACGAUUUCAGAGAAACGUUGAUUACGAUUGUUAAGGAGGGAGGUGACGCUGAUUCUAAUGGAGCUGUAGCUGGUGCGCUAUUGGGAUGUAAAUUAGGGUACUCUGGAUUACCACAAGACUGGUUAGAGGACCUUCUGCUCGAAAGCAAAUUAUUGUUGUAUAUUGAGAGAUUUAUAAACAUAGGCAUUCCAGGAAUAACAAGUCAGAGGUAUAAACCCAAAGAAACGUAUCAUGCGUCAUCGUUAGCAAGCUGUUUGAACUACAGUGGUAAUCAAAGUAUACCCUUAGGACAGAAAAAGACAUGUCUACCCCAUAGAGGGGUUCAUGGUUCUGAUGUUGAUAGAGUUGCCACACAUACAUUUGCAGCAAACAAGUCUUUACUACCACGGGAAAUCUUGUUAGACAACAUUCUAGGGACAAUCUACGGCAACUGCAUAGGAGAUGCCAUUGGUCUUUUAACGGAAUAUAUGGAUAAGCAUGAAGCAAGACAUUUUUACCGUGAUGCAGAACUGGAAUACCAAUUGAAGGAAAGGGUAGACAAGCAUAAAGACCACCAGCGCAGAUGGAAGGUAGGCGAUUGGACCGACGAUAGCGAUCAGAUGAUUUUGAUAUUACAAUCACUGGUAGAUAAUAGUGGACAGGUUAAUCCGACAGACUUUGCGUACAAACUCUUAAAUUGGACGACAAAUGGAUUUCGUGAUCUUGGUGACACAGGAGGCCUUGUCAUAGGUACCACAACAUACAAAGUACUUAGUCAUUCAGUGUUUCGCAAUAACCCAAAACAGGCAGCUCGUGAGGUGUGGAGUUCUAGUGGUGGAUACUUGGCACCAAAUGGAGCAGUGAUGAGAACAUCAAUACUUGGUAUUCAUCAGUUUGAAGAUAUUGAAAUGGUCAAAGAGAACACGGUGAAAAUAUGUGAAACAACCCAUGCUGAUCCAAGGUGCAUUGCAUCCUGUGUUGCUGUGACGACGGCUAUUGCUUUGAUGUUACAAGGAAAACAUUUACGGCACUGCGGAGAAUACGAUGUGGAAAUGAUUGUGAAAGACAGUUUUAGACAUGCAAAGGGUUACUUGAAAAAUUACUCGUAUAUUGAUGAGUUACAACGUUACAUGAACACAUAUGAUAUUAGAAGCUUGAGGCUAGAUGAGCCUGGAAAGAUCGGUUACACGUACAAAUGCUUAGGGGCUGGUUUCUGGGCCUUGCGACAGACAGAUUUCAGACGUGCUUUGACUAGUAUUGUAAAAGAGGCAGGUGAUGCAGACACCAAUGGAGCAGUAGCCGGGGCAUUAUUAGGUUGCAAGCUUGGUUACAACAAAUUACCAAGAUCAUGGAAGGAGAACUUGAGAUACAAACAGUGGUUACAGUUAAAGAUUAAUAGUUUUCUAGAUAUGGAAAGAAUUUCCGAAAACUCAUCGCAUGCGCCAUCAACGUGUGAUUGGAAGUCAGAUUUAACACCGCCGGUGGGAGGAGUAUCUGCCUUUACUCGCACACGUGAUACGAUAUUGUCAUCUACAACUGAUAAUCGACACCCACGAUCGCAAUCACAAUCAGAGUUAUCAUCGUGGCAUCGUUUUUACCAAAACUGA